AUGCAUUGGUUCUACACUGGAGAUAUUGGAAAGUUUCAUGCUGAUGGGUGCCUUGAGAUCAUUGAUAGGAAGAAAGACAUUGUGAAGCUGCAACAUGGGGAGUACAUCUCACUUGGAAAGGUUGAGGCUGCACUUAUGUCCAGCAAUUAUGUAGAAAACAUAAUGAUAUAUGCAGACCCUUUCCACAACUUCUGUGUAGGCCUGGUUGUCCCUUCACAUCAGGUCCUCGAGCGAUGGGCCCAAGAAGCUGGAAUCAAGUACAAAGAUUUUUCUGAGUUGUGUGAUAAACCGGAAGCUAUUAAGGAAGUUCAACAGUCACUUUCCAAGGAAGCAAAAGCUGCGAAACUGGAUAAAUUUGAAAUGCCCGCAAAGAUCAAGCUGUUGCCAGAACUGUGGACACCUGAAUCUGGAUUGGUUACUGCAGCUCUCAAAUUAAAAAGGGAGCAAUUGAAGAACAGCUCAGUUCAGAUCCGAGGUCCAAUUUCUGAACUUGUACGUGAAGAAAGAAUUGCAUUUCGCGUCUCCAAUAAUUGCGGUGGGUUUGAUUUCAGUUCGGAACCCGUGGUUUCUCUCUCUCAGCAGGUCAGUAACACCGAUGAAGGCGGCGAGGAUCUGUUUAUGCAUCAGUUUAGUUUUCGCCUGGACUUAGGUGGAAAUCAAUUUUUAUUGUGGGUGGUUGGAGUUGAAUCUGAGAUUCUCCGGCGUUUCUGUGAGUGCGGCUUCUUUGUGGGCGGUGUUGCUGUGUGUGCAAUCAGUGGAGAUCAGGCUGUGGUUAUUGGCGGCUCCAUCUCUGUGUGUGAUCGACGGCGAGUUGAGUAUCCGGGGAUUGAAAUCUUUGAGGCUGUGUGGGGGUUUGGCUGUGGGUUCGGCCUCGACGUGUGGCGUGAGCUCUGUGUGAGAACUGAGGCGCUGCGUGUGGGUUGCGGUGGUUUCUUUGAAGUGGGCCUAUAUUUUUUGGUUUGA